GACUGCAGCAGCCCGGCCAAGUGCGAGCGUAGCCCGCGCGGCAUCCCGUAUCCCACGCUCGAGAACCUCGCGCAGAGCCUGCUCGACACGCAGCAGUACGCCGACCUGGCCGACCUGGUCGACGGCAUGGAUCUGGAUGAGGAGUGGGGCGAGAACCACCUGCAGCUCGACGCGCCGCCGGUCGACUGGAUCAGGGAGAAGAACGAGCUGAUUGCCCGCUCGCUGCCCGAAGGCAUGAGCGCCAGCGCCGCCUUCUCCAUGCUGACCGAGACACCCGAGCCGCGGGAGGCCUGGCUGCGCACUGUGAGGACAAAGCACAAGAGGAUCAAUGACGAGUUGCCGAAACACAGAUAUCUGACGAGGUAUCGGAAGGUUGGGUCACCAGACCCACGCGAGAACAAAGGUCGAGAGGUGUAGAUAAGCAUACUAGGUACUAGUACGCUCCAAUCCACCAGUACUUAUAUACCGUACCUUAG